CUAGCCGCCAGCCAACCAAACGCCUGCAGAUCCGAUCUCCGUCGUCAGUUGGCAACUCUUCCCCCGCCGAAAUCCAGUCACAGCAACCCAACACCCAGGCAGUGGCGGCAACCCAUCUCUAUCAUCCUCCAGGGUUUUCCGAUUGGUAACAGAAGUAGAAAAGCGGAAAGAUGGACAUAAUCUCCCAAUUACAAGAACAAGUAGACACACUCGCUUCUCUCGCAUUCAACACGAUCGGAACGCUGCAGAGAGAUGCUCCCCCUGUGCGCCUGUCGUCCAAUUACCCCGAGCCACCGCCGCCGCCGGCCAACCCUGCGGAGGAUAUUGCGGAGCAGCCUAAGCAGAUGAGCGCUGCACUCGUCAAGGCUGCUAAGCAGUUUGAUGCUCUGGUGACUGCCCUUCCAUUGUCAGAGGGUGGUGAAGAAGCUCAAUUGAAAAGGAUCGCUGAGCUCCAGGCUGAGAAUGAUGCUGUGGGUCAAGAACUACAGAAGCAACUGGAAGCUGCUGAGAAAGAGCUGAAACAGGUGGUUGAGCUAUUUGGUCAGGCCACAGACAACUGCCUUAACUUGAAGAAACCAGAUUAGUGAAUGUUGAGCCCAAGAAUGAGGGAAUUCGUUCGUUAACUCGCUGCACAGUUUUAGAAAACGACAUGGGAGGUUUGGUUUCAGUCUUUCAGAACCCAUUCAAGUCUCUGAUUUCUUGUUCGCAUCCAAUAUCUGUAGCUAGUUUAGGCUCUAAAGCAUAUUUUUGGUAGUAGUACGUGUAAUCUUCAUGCAAAACACACUACACCUGGUCAGAAGGGACAGUAUCUAACCAUAUGUAUUGUUUCUUCUUGUGCUGUUUCUGUAUGCGGUAGGAUUUAUUGGUAGGAACAUGAACUCAUAGCCUCUAUAAUGCUUGAUGCUGGUGUCAAUUUUGGUUCACUUAUCAAUGUACCGAGUGAAACAUUUGUAGAUAAAGCCACGGUGCUGAUAUGGAAUCAAUCCGUUUGGUUGAGUUUAUGUUCAGGAGUCCAAUUGGGUCGAACUCGUCUCACUGUACAAUAGCAAACAAGUAUGACAGAGACGUUCCAUACAAACGUUUUGUCCCAAG